AUGGCGGCGCGGGAGCGCGGGGAGCCGGGCCGCCCGGCCCUGUACUUCUGCGGGAGCAUCCGCGGCGGGCGGGAGGACCAGGCGCUGUACGGGCGGAUCGUGUCGCGGCUGCGGCGCUUCGGGGCGGUGCUCACCGAGCACGUGGCGGCCGCGGAGCUGGGCGCGCGCGGGGAAGAGACUGCUGGGGGCGACAGGCUCAUCCACGAGAGGGAUCUGGCCUGGCUACAGCAGGCGGAUGUGGUCGUGGCAGAAGUAACCCAGCCAUCCUUGGGUGUAGGCUAUGAGCUAGGACGGGCCGUGGCCCUCAACAAGCAAAUCUUGUGCCUGUUCCGCCCCCAGUCUGGCCGAGUGCUUUCAGCCAUGAUCCGGGGAGCGGCAGAUGGCACACGGCUCCAGGUGUGGGACUACGAAGAGAGUGAGGUGGAGGCCGUGCUGGAUCGGUACUUUGAGGCUGAUCCUCCGCAGCAGUUGGCUGCCUUCCCUGGGCCAACUACUUGACAACCCCACUUUGUUAAAUUCCUCUGAUCCCAGAUUCUGCUCUAUACCAUUCCUACCUCUCAGUCCCAUACAAAUUAAAAGGUGGGGCUCCCUGGUGGCCUAGGGGUUAAGUCUCAGCACUAUCACCGUGAUGGCCUGAGUUCAAUCCCCAGGCAGGGAGCUGACCCACAUGGCACACAGACCUCUCCUGUCUUGCCUGCUGCUCCCCUCAGCAGUGUACUUCGGUCCGUCUGCCUGUUCUGUUCCCCACUCUGUCUCUGGUGAAUCCUCUCACAGCGCCCCCCCCCCACCUCUGGCCUACACCCCAGUUCCUCUAUGCAUAAAUAAAUAAUAAAUCAAAAAAAAUAGAAAAAGUUAAAAAAAAUUAAAAGGUGUGUUUACAAUUCUGACU